AAACUCACAAUAAAACCCCUGCUCUACACCACACCAUAUAAACCCCCAGCACUCUUAAAUAUCUCUCUCUCUCUGUCUCUCCUCAGUCCCAAAGUCAAAAAAAUCAUCCACUCCAAUUCUCUUUCUUUCUCGUCGCUUUCGGCUAAAAUUCUUGCAAAACUCCCAACAAACUCUCCAUUUCCCGAAAUACCCCUACAUUUUUCACCUAAUUUCAUUAAUGUCCUCUCCUCCACCGCUCCCAAUCUCGAACCCUCGACCCACUGCUGCCGCCGCGUCGUCGUUCGCCACACCGGCCUUACGCGCGUUCAUCGCGCGUCUCUCCGACUCCCUCCACCGCACCUUGGCUCACCGCCGUCCCUGGUCUGAACUCGCCGACCGCUCCGCCUUCUACCACCCCGACACGAUCUCUGACACUGCCUCCCACAUCUGCAAUAACUUCUCCUACUUCCGCGUCAACUACCUCACCCUACUCGCCGCUGUACUCGCCCUCUCUCUCCUCUCAUAUCCUUUCUUUCUCCUCACGCUCCUCUCUCUCCUCGCCGCCUGGCUUUUCCUCUACCUCUUUCGUCCGUCCGAUCAGCCCGUCACAAUCUUUGGCCGUUUGUUCUCGGAUCGUGAAACCCUAGGAGUCCUGAUCUUGGUCACCGUAGUGGUGAUCUUCCUCACCAGCAUCGGAUCGCUACUAUUAUGGGCAACAUUGGUUGGGUUAGGGAUCGUGUGUGUUCAUGGCGCAUUUAGGGUUCUUGAGGACUUGUUUCUUGAUGAUCAAGAGCCUCUUGGAUCUGGACUCUUCUCGUUCAUUGGUGGGGCCGCAUCUUCUGUUGCUGUCGUCGCAGCACCCUCCGUUUGACGACCGACGAUCUAAUGAUCAGAUCACACAAAGUUUUAUUUAUUUAUUUUAUAUUUUAGUUCAUUUGAACUGAUCUGAAAGCACCAACUGCUUGACAGUAUUUUGUUUUUUGGUUUCAUACAAAUUUUGAAAUUUCGUUCCAGGAAUUUUAUAAAAUGAUAUUGUUGAUUUUUUUUUUUUGUGUGUGUUCUUGUUUAUUCGAGCAUGAAGUAGAAUAGCAGCUGAUUUGCUAUCCUUGUAUAGCAAA